AUGGAAGAAGCCGAUGAGAAAAGCAAGUUUAAAAUUCCUACAUGGGCUGUGAAACCGCCAGACGGAGCACAUUUAGAUAAGUUAUUGAUUGACGACAAAAAAGCGUAUUAUUUUGGCAGAAAUAACAAACAGGUCGACUUCGCAGUCGAGCAUGCUUCAUGCUCCAGAGUUCAUGCCCUCAUUAUUUACCACGGUUUGCUGCAGAGGUUUGCAUUAGUAGAUAUGGGAAGUAGUCAUGGAACAUUUCUCGGAAGCGUUCGCCUUCGCCCUCUCGAAGUAUUUUUCAUGGACCCAGGAUCUCAAUUUCACCUUGGAGCAUCAACUCGAAAAUAUGCAGUUCGACUGAAAACGGAACAUAUUGUGGAAGAUGACCCAAAAGUGAUUGCUUCCGAAGAGCAACUAGAUCAUCAAACAUCGUACAACACUGCCCAAAACAGAAGGAUUCCUCAGCUACCAAUCUCAGUUGAGGAAGCACGUCGGAAGAAGAGACCACGUGGAAACGUGGCAUUCUUAGAAGAAGAAGAAGUUAUCAAUCCAGAAGACGUCGAUCCUUCUGUCGGCCGAUUCCGAAACCUGGUUACAACUGCCAUUAUUUCGACAAAUCCAAAUAAACGACCAGGAGAUCCGAAACGAUCAGAGCCGCCGAGGAAAGUGGUUCGACCAGGAAGAGAUCUCAUAGCAGCUCCACUUUCUUCAACAUUCGGACCGAUGGCGUUGAACUCUGCUCCAGAUCUCGAACUCUACGGGAAAACGCUUCCAGAACCAGGUCAACAUCAGUUCGUCACGGCGCAAAACGAAGAAGAACUGGAAGACCAUCACAAAAAACGAUAUGCGAAGGAAGCAUGGCCAGGAAGAAAACCAGGAGCUGGCAUUUUUUAA